UCUGAUUCUGAAUAUAUCUACGAAUCUCGAAAUCGAGGACUUAGUCUGUACUGGCAGCAAUUUACUUGUCUGUUGGUCAAGCGCUUGAAAUAUGCUUAUCGUCAUCCGUUGCUCACGAUAGGCCAAAUUGUGGUUCCUCUAAUUUUUGCCGUGAUAGCAAUGUCCGUCUUUCGCCAGCUGAUCCAAAUACAAACCUUACCUGAGGUCCGCCUUCAGCUGUCCUUGGAUAGCUAUCUCGGUCAGUUGGAAUUGCCAUAUUCUCGACAGAGUAGUCUGAUGCCUGACGAGAUGCCGCUAGCGUGGACUUCCGGUACUUUCGACAAUAAGGGGGAUGGAGAUGAACCUCAUCGUUUAGAUAGCGCUGCAGACACUUUCAUUGCAGCCUUUAUUGGUCAAUUUCAAGACAAGCGUAUUCAAGCAAAGAAUGUAUCUCGAUUGGCCGAGAUGGAUAUAUCAGGCAUUGCUCUCACGCGUCUUGUCCUUGCCAUCACCGUCUUUGAUUAA